UUUUUCGGUAAGUCAAAGUUCGUCAAAAUUUUUUGUGGAAAAAAUGCAAAGAAAAACCCAAAAAGGGGCUACUACACCCAAAGUGCCAUCGUCAGCGCUUACAAAAGACUGGAAAGAGCUGGAAAAACAAGUCAUGAUUUGCCCCGGGUCCUACAGCCAAGCCCAUAAGAGGUUCAAAGGGCACAACCAACAAAGUGCAGCUACUUGUAUUGUUGCAUGUGCCUUUUCGAGCUUCAAACCCAUGAAUAUUUGGACCAGAGAAGUCGUCGAUGAAAUCCUGGAAACUGGUACCAAUCUUCAUUUGAAAAGUCGUCAAAUUUCCGAAAAUCGAUGUUUAGAUCAUUUGGAACCCCCCAAAAUCUACAAAUAUUUUUAUUUGGGUAACAACAAACUUUCAAUUAGGGUUGGUAUCAACCCUACUAGUGAAAGAGUCCCAAGAGACUCAACCAUGAUCCAAAAAGUCGAAUCCAUGCUCAACCGAUUUUUCACCACCAACGUAUCUGGUAUUUUCGGGUGCCAACACACGUAUUUCGCCAUUUGGAAAUACGGGAAACACUUUUUCAUUUUUGACUCGACCGAACACAACCAUCUGGGCGGCAAAUGGGACGGUUUACCGGGCCUUGGGUACUGCUAUUGCAUCCGGGUACCAAGUACCAAACACCUAGCCGACAUCAUUAUCAAAAACUGUCCUCUCAAACAAAUCAACAAGUUCAUAAUCCACCCUUGCAUUUUGGAAAAAGUGAUCCAGAUUAACACCACGCCGCCUGAGACGGUCAAGGGCCAGACACCGGUACCACCAGAGGCACCAAAAUCCCGGCUUAAGGCCCCUCGACACAUAAAAGUCCCAGAACCCAAGCUUGAAGAACCCAAAGUUGAACUUGAACCCAAAAAAUCAGUCUCCAAGUCGCGUAUCCCACCCGAACGCCCAAAACUAGCAAGUUUGACACAUUUCACCAAACUACCAGUUGGUACCAUUGGUAUUUUGCGUGCAUCGACCCAUCAACGUGACCCUCGUUUUACCAGAAAUAAUGGUACUCAAGCACUAGGCAAUGCAAUGGCUGCCUUGACUAUGCUAAGACAAUACAAGUCCAAACAAUGGAUUCGGAAGAUUUUGGACGACAUUUUGAAACUCGGAGAGGUGAUCCAUCACGAGUCCAAAUCUUUACCCAAAGGCGAUUUCAUUGAAAAAAUUAUUUUAAACGACAAGGAAUACAGUCCUAAAAUAGAAAAAUAUGGAUGUGUAGGCCGUUUGACCUCCGAUGACGACAAAAUCUUCAAUUUGGAACAGGCCGUGACCAAUGUUUUAAUAGAUACAGACUGUUGUAUACUUAUAGGACCCAACAUUGUGGCCCUUUGGCGCGAAAAUGGUCGCUAUUAUAUGUUUGAUCCCGACGAGAGGAACCCUAAUGGUACUUCAAUCAAACCAGGGGACCCCCCGGGGGUCGCUUGUGUCACUUGGUUCAACAAACCCUCCGAUUUAGUGUCAUUAUACUUGAGCAAUGUCCCCAAAAGUACCCUCAAGGACCGUUUCAUGAUCUGCAAAGUCAAAAUCAAGGAUUAUGUCCAAAUCCCUGAAAACUGGUACAACUUCAAGGCUUUGAAGUACAACAAGUGGAUCCUCCGGGGGAAUUUCAGUCAACAAGACCGGAGAUUCCCACCGGAGUCACGUAACGCCCAAUGCACGGCUAACGCGACCAUGGCAUUGACAUACAAAGAAUUGAAAGAAGAGAAAGAAUGGGAUGAUAAUACAGUUGAUCAAGUUUUGAUCAGUGGUGAUGAAUUUUAUCAAAGUUGUGUCAAUUAUUUGCAAGAAACUGGGCGAUUUAAACACAAGUAUUUGAUGGUCGAUGAAGUGAAACGGGAUUUUGACGUCGAAAACAAGAAAGUCAAUUUGGAAAUUGACGAUUGUCUUGUCAAUGGGAUUGUCAAUGCGAAAAGUGACACCGGAAUUCCGAAUCUUCGGAGAGGAUUUGAACAGUUUUUUACUGACAGUGAUGGAGGGAUUGUCACUGCUAAUCUCCAGUCAAUGGCAGUGUGGAAACGUGAUGGUACCUACUAUUACUAUGAUUCACACUCACGAAACGACAAGGGAGUAGUAUGUGGGUUUGGUACUGCUUGUAUUUUGCGAUUAUUGACAAUUGAAGACUUGACAAAUGCCCUCAUGACGAAUUUGGGGGCUGAUAAGCAAAAUUUCUUUAAUAUAAGUCGAGUAGUUGUCAAAUUAAUUGACAUGACUGAGGAUGGUGUAGUCAAACCCCCAUUGAACUACUAUGAAAUGGUCAAUGAGUUUAUCGCAAUUUUGAGAUCAAAUAACUCCGAAAGGGACAAGAAAUUUGCCAUCAAUUCUGGCAAACAAACCGUUCCGAUGUGUCUCGCAGCUUUGGCUUUCAACACUUUGACACCAUCUUUUGACUGGACUAAGGAAGAUGUCGACCAAGUUUUGACUUUUGGGGACAAACUUUACACCACAACUAUGGAGGAUAUGUACAGUGGGGAGAUUAUAGAAGGAGAGGGUGACGAUGUAACGUCAGAUAAUGUCAAAAAGGAGGUCCAAAUCGGGUCUAAUUUGCUCACUUUUGAGUUGGAGGAUGUGUCCUCGGGCAAUUUUGAGGACAAUUUGAAGGAAGCCUUUGAACAUUUGAGUUUGAGAGUUAGUGAGGAAGGAAACGAAGCCUUCCAGUCGAUUUUAGAGUCGCCAAUGAUGACAGUUUCGAUUUGGCGUGACGACAAUCUAAUCUACUUGUUUGAUUCAAAACCACGAGAUGAAAGGGGUCAAAUCUAUGGUAAGGAUGAAUGGAGUGCUAAAAUUAUAAUAGAUGAUGGUGAAACUGAAGAGGAGAAGAAAGAUGACGAAGGGGAAAAAGACGAAAUGGGCGGUGGUGACAAUUUGGGGGAACCUGAAAAUGACAAUGACGAAGAUGAAGACGAAGAAGAAGAUGAGGAAGAGGGAGAAGAUGACGUUUCACCGGUUGAAAAAAAGGGUUCCCAAUUUUGGAGGACAAAAGAACAAGAAGGCAAGGCUUGUGUUUUGAGGUUUAGCCGAAUUGAGGAUUUAGUCCAACACUUGCUUGAUAAUUCUCCUCCAAACAAACGAACCGAGCUUGAAUUCACCCUCAAAGGUGUCAAAAUCGCAAAUACUCCAAUCGUUCAUGAGAUUUUUGAUCCGGAAAUUGAGGAUAAACCUGAUGAAAUUGCAGGGGACUGGAACGAGUUUAAGGAAUUUGAUCAUGGCAAAUGGAUUUUGAGGAGUGUCCGUAAUUUCAGGGAUGGUCUAUUCCCUAUUGUCAAUCGUGGAAAACAAUCCCUUCCUAUGUGUCUUGUAUCUCUUGCAUUUGCCAGUCUUUUUGCUUUAGAGAAAUUCACUCAAGACGUCGUCGAUGGUAUUUUGAGUUACGGGGACCGGUUAUACACAGUUGUGCGAAAAUUGAGGAUCAAGGAAUUGAAAGAGAGUCUUGAAUUGAGUGACGAUGAAAUUGAGCAAAUCCUCAAAGACACGAAAUUUGAAUUGCGUGAUUAUCCCAAGAGGAUUUGCAUGGGGGAAAAGUUGGCAAUUUGGGAGGGGAGUUUUGAGGUCAUCGUCGGUGAUAUUACCUCAAAGGAAACUGAAGGUGUCCCAAAUGUCACAACUGGGCUUCAAACCUUCUUCGAGGAGCACCAAUUCGGGAUUUUGACAUGUAAAGACUACCCUGUUGGGGUUUGGAAGUCCGAUGAAGUCUUCUACAUGUUUGACCCGCACGCGAACGGUCCUUCUGGCCUCAAAACACCAGUAGGUGUCUCGUGUAUUACGCGUUUUAUCAAUUUGGAGGAUUUGGCCAAAAUUUACAUGAAAAAUUUGCCAAAAUACGGCAACAACUUCUUUGAAAUUCACUCCUUCAGUUUCAGUCACGAUAAAUGUGUGAGGGAGCGUCAUCCGGAGGAAAAAGUAGAAAAAGUAACCAAAAUCGGUGGUUUUAACCCGGUUAUGGCCGGUAAAAGUAUCCUUCGAGGUGAUGUUAAGCUCGAUUGUACGAAAUUUGACCGGGGGGUUCACAUAAACAGCGCUGCAAUUGCAUUUGUUGCUUUGGCACUCUCUCUUAGCAAAGAUCCAGAAACUUGGACGAAAAUCAUAAUUAGGGAAAUUCUAACAGUUGGUGAAGAGCUCCAUAAUGAUUCUAUUGAUCGACUCGAGGGGAAAUUUGAUCCAUGGAAGGACAGACUUGGUGUCCGACAAGUCAAAACCGAUUUUUCUAUCGGAAGACUAAAAGUUAAUUGUGCCCUAAGAUUCACCGAACAAAAAGGAAUUGUCGAUGUCAAAAACACCAAAACUCCAAAUCUACGACAAGGUUUGGAACGAUUCUUUGAGGAAAACUCUCAUGGGAUUUUAGUAGCCGACAAGUUUGUACUUCCAGUGUGGGAACAAAUGAAAGGUGAUGAAGUUAAUAUAUUUAUGUUUGAUCCAAACUCCCGUGGAGCCACUGGAUUACCCAGUCAAGGCGGGAGUGCCUGUAUUAUGAAGUUUUGCAACUCCAAAUUGGCCUCGGAUCAUAUCAAGGCCUGUAUGAUGGACAUUGACAAGACCAGAACUGAGUUUGCAAUCAUUCCGGUUGAAAUCAUAGUUGGCAGUGCUAAAACUAGGAGAAAAGUGGGGAUUUGUCCCAGUAAAAAGACUCUCCAAGAACAUCAAACACCUCUUCAAAGGGAGUCAAGACCUACUAAGAGUCAAAAAGAGUCAAAGCCAACUAUUACACCUCUUCAAAAGGUACAAAGGGAGACAAGGCCUACCAAGAGUCAAAAAGAGUCAAAGCCAACGAUUACAAGACCGGUUUGCCCUACCAAAGAGACUCUUCAGCAGAUGCAGAGAGAGGUGCGACUUGCUGCUGAAGAAGAACGCAGAAAAGCCGAAGCGAAACGUUGCUACACUCUUGGAAGAAACGAAAUGUACCAAAUUAACAACGACGUUGCUAUAAUUCGAGCUACAAGGGCCGUACAAGCCGACCGUGACUUACCAGUCAACGUUGCUGCUUUAGUUUUGAUGAAAAUCGCAACCGAUUUGAGUAAAUGGACUUACAAGCAGAUGGAAGUUGUGAUAGAAACCGGUUACCAGCUUUACGUCGAUUCUUACAAUGCUUACAAGCCGCCUACAAGCAAACUUUUGCUACCGCAUAUCCUCCGACGUGUUUUGUUGCGAGAAUUGGAGGUCAAGAUUGAUAUUAGACUUCCAGUGGAUUGUGGGCCGUUUAUAAAGAAGAAUGUCAUGGCUCAAGUAUCGCAUUUCUUCACUUCGACUAAUUUCUUCUUUCUCAAUUAUGAGGAGUUUCUAAUUUCGUUGUUUUUCAAGUCGGGUUAUUACUUUAUGUUUGAUCCGUAUUCGAGGGACUUGAAUGGGAAUAAGUGUGAGGGAGGAAGUGCCGUUUUGAUGCGUUACGGGAGUUUGGAAGGGUUGGUUGAGAAGAUUUUGAGGAAUUUGGGGCCGGAGGAGGGGCCAGUGGGCCAUUUCGGGCUGAUUGUGGCCGGAAUUGUGAGUGUGCAACGUGUGAAUAAGUAGUUUUGUAAUUAGUAACCCAAUAAAG